CAGGACAUACGUAUGUAUGUACAGGGCUCCCGUUUAAUCCUCGCAACGGCCAGCCCUAGUUGCUUUCUUUUCUUCGGCAAAUUCUUGUCUCACCUUCUGUCUCUCUUUCUCUCUUUCUUGACUGCAUCGGCGAAUAAACGCAUGCGUAGUCGGCCCUUGGGCGUUUCCGUCAGCCUUCACCCUCACAACACGGCGUUCCAUGCAUAUGCCCAGCGCCUCGUCCACAGACUAUAUAACCGACGCCCCGCCCAUAGAUUCGGUCCCCGACGCCCCUUCCGUACUCGACGCCUCGCCCUUCGACUCUAUGCCCGCGCAAUUGGCCCCUAACAUGCCCUCUCUCGCAUCGAGGAAUGGCGCCCCUGUGCCCACGAGGAAGGAGUCGACGCCCAUGAUGCCUCCCUUCAUGGUUUCUGCGCCAGGCAAAGUCAUUGUAUACGGAGAGCAUGCCGUUGUCUAUGGAAAGGCCGCCAUUGCGGCAGCUAUAUCCCUCCGUUCAUAUCUCCACGUCUCGUUCCUUUCAAAGUCGAACCGUACCGUGCAGCUGCGCUUUCCCGAUAUUCAGAUGGAGCACACGUGGAAUAUUGACGAACUACCAUGGGACGCGUUCAGCAAGCCGGGCAAGAAGAAGCACUACUACGAACUCGUAGAAUCAUUAGAUCCCGAUCUGAUGGUCGCCAUACAACCUUUCAUAGACCAAGUGUCUCCCACUACUCCUGAGUCGAUACGAAAAAUCCACCACGCCUCGGCGACCUCCUUCUUAUACCUUUUCCUCUCGCUUGCGUCGCGCAAAGUUCCUCCUUGUAUUUAUACAUUACGUUCCACCAUUCCAAUUGGCGCCGGCCUGGGUAGCAGCGCCAGUAUAUCAGUGUGCCUCAGUACCGCAUUGCUUCUACAGAUUCGUGCUCUGAGCGGGCCCCAUCAAGACCAACCGGCACAAGAAUGUGAGCUUAACAUAGAGCGCAUCAACCGAUGGGCAUUUGUUGGUGAAAUGUGCAUACACGGGAACCCUUCUGGAGUCGAUAACACAGUGUCCUCGGGUGGUAAGGCAGUCCUCUUUCAACGGAGAGAUUACGGCCAGCCCCCGCUUGUACAACCACUACACAGUUUCCCAGAGCUACCUCUUUUGCUUGUCAACACGCGACAGUCGCGCAGCACAGCUACCGAGGUCGCCAAAGUCGCCAACCUCCGCAAAGCGCAUCCCGUCCUCGCAGAGAGCAUUCUCGACGCAAUAGGCUCCGUCACUGAAUCCGCACACAAGCUCCUCACAUCCCCAGGUUUCGAUUCAGAAUCAAUUGAAGCGCUGAAGCAUCUCGGUGAACUAGUAACCAUCAACCAUGGCUUGCUUGUUUCACUAGGCGUUUCCCACCCAAAGCUCGAACGUAUCCGAGAAAUUAUCGAUCACACAGGUAUUGGCUGGACAAAGCUCACGGGAGCAGGAGGUGGAGGUUGUGCCAUCACUAUUCUCAAGCCGCAGCCGCCCGCCCUCGCAAACGACCACCAACCGGACACAAACUCUGACAAAUCCGAUACCGCAUCUGAACCAGAUGUAGAUUGCAAUGCCUCUGUCAUUUCAACUAGCACCAAGAUGAAGUACAAGAUCCUUGAUUCGCUCGAGGUCAAGCUGGAGAAUGAAGGAUUCGAGAAGUUUGAGACGACGCUGGCUGGUGAUGGUGUUGGUAUCCUCUGGCCAGCUGUUUUGCAUAAUGGAAAUGAAGAGGAGGGUGGAGAGGAAAUUGACCAGGAAAAGUUCCUCAAUGCUGAGGGCAACGUUGGAAUCGAGAGACUAGUUGGUGUUAACAGCUCACAACGGAAGAUCUAUGGAGAAGUUAGAGAAGGAUGGAAGUUUUGGAGGCCGUGGGAUGCUGGUGAGAGUUAGAACUUGCUCUAGGUGCUGGUUUUAAUUUACUCUUCAUACCGCUGUCAUGCUUGUAGCAUCGAUGCGCAUCUUAAUUUUCUGUUUUCUUUUUCUUCACAUAGGGUAUAGUUAUAGGGUUGUGUCACUUUGAGGAACCAUGAAAAAGUUUGGUAUAUGCAGUGUCCGUCAAACGAGUCCUGGGG